ACAUGAUUUCAAAUGACGUACAACAGGCCAUAAAAUAGCGCAACUCUUCAAAUGUUGUUCUAGUGCAUUCUUGCAGCAAAAAACGCAUCCUUCUAUCUUCUUCUCAAAGAAAACAAUGGGCAGAAAAUUCUUCGUUGGCGGCAACUGGAAAUGCAAUGGAACCGUGGAGGAAGUGAAAAAAAUUGUGACCACAUUGAGUGAAGCGGAAGUCCCAUCUGAGGAUGUUGUUGAGGUUGUGAUCAGUCCUCCAUAUGUAUUUCUUCCCUUAGUCAAAACCUUGUUACGUCGUGAUUUCUCCAUUGCUGCACAAAACUGUUGGGUAAGGAAAGGAGGUGCAUUUACUGGCGAGAUUAGUGCUGAGAUGCUGGUCAAUUUGGGCAUUCCCUGGGUCAUCCUUGGUCACUCUGAGAGAAGGCUAUUGUUGAAUGAAUCAAAUGAAUUUGUGGCUGAUAAAGUUGCAUAUGCACUUUCACAAGGCCUAAAAGUGAUUGCCUGUGUUGGGGAGACGCUUGAGCAGCGAGAAUCAGGAGCUACAAUGGCUGUAGUUGCAGCGCAAACAAAAGCAAUUGCAGAACAAAUCCCACAUUGGUCCAAUAUUGUUUUGGCUUAUGAGCCAGUAUGGGCCAUUGGAACAGGAAAGGUUGCUACUCCAGCUCAGGCUCAGGAAGUUCAUUUUGAAUUAAGGAACUGGCUUCAUGAUAAUGCUGGUGCAGAAGUUGCUGCUUCAACUAGAAUCAUCUAUGGAGGUUCUGUAAAUGGAGCGAACUGCAAAGAGUUGGCAGCACAACCUGAUGUGGAUGGUUUUUUGGUUGGUGGUGCUUCACUAAAGCCUGAAUUUAUUGACAUCAUCAAGUCCGCGACGGUGAAAACAACUGCUUAGUUGGAAUAAAACUUGCUACUAGGAGCCACCAUCUUUUCUCAGAAUGUUUGUAUGUUUAUAGUAAAUCAGCUUCAAGAAUACCUGUUAAGCGCAAAGGUUUCAUUUUAAAUAAAGAAGGUGAUCUUUGCAACAUGCCUGGGUUAAUUUGCUGGAUUCAAUCUUUUUUUCUUGCUUAUUAUCCAACUGUUUUAUUUCAUUUUAAUAGCAAGGUUUAUGACA